CAAUGCUUUUGUUUCUACAUUUGAAACAACCUACAAUAAGUCAAUACGUGUGUUUCAUUCAACUUAACAGUUAUGGCUGAAUGUCCAGCAAGUAUUGUAUUGCGAAGUGAAGGAGUCGAGAGCUCAAACAUCGAAAAAGAGAGUGGGGAGAAGCUUCUCCCCAAUCUACAGAAACUGUUUGAGUCAGAACUGUCCGAAUCUUGUGUGCCAAGUCUGGAAAAAGUUGACCCAAGGGCAAACUCAAAGAGGGAUGAAAAGGAGAGCGAUGAGAAGCUUGCAGACAAUCCACAGAAACUCUCUGAAUCUUGUGUGCCAAGUAAGGGACAAUUUGACCCAAAGGCAAACUUAAAGUGGGAGAUAGGGUCCCACUGCAAGGCUGUGUGGUCACAGGAUGGGCGGGUUUAUCCUGCCACCCUGGUCUGGUUGGAGGGGGAGCGCUGCAAGGUGAAGUUUGACAACUAUGGAAAUGAGGAAGAGAUGGACCUGAGCGCCAUGCUACCUGAAGCUGCUGACCAGCCCCGGAAGGAGAAACGGAGCGAUGAAAAGGAGAGCGAUGAGAAGCUUGCAGACAAUCCACAGAAACUGAUGGAAUCGAAACUCUCAGAAACUGAUGUGCCAAAUAAGGGACCGGUUGACCCAAAGGCAAACUCAAAAGUGUGGAUGCUGGGUUCCCGGUGCCGUGCUGUGUACUCAGAGGAUGGCCUGGUCUACCCAGCGGUGCUGGUGUGGAUGAGAGGCGAACGCUGCCGGGUGAAGUUUGAAGGCUACGGGAACGAGGAGGAGCUGGAGCUGAGCACCCUGCUAUCGCCAGAUGACCUGGGACGACACUGUGGAAGAGCUACUGCCAAGGCUGUGGAAGGGUUCAGGUCCAUUAGUAACAACAGCGCAGACUGGAAGAAGGAUAGAGAGUGGAGGACACCUCAACAAGAGGGACGAGAGGAGCCUUCCUCACCUCGGCCACCUGAGUUUCCUCCAGGAAAAGGCUAUAACCUUGGCAAUGAGCAGGGGGAUAAGAAGAAGCCAAGUAGUCGGAGUCAGGAACCAAAUGGCCGGAGUCAGGAACCAAAUGAUCACCCGUUUCCUUUUUUUCCUCCAGUGCCACCGCCCAAUGGGUCUUUGGACUUCCUGUCACUCCUGCCUCCUCCUCCACCUCCACCGUGUGUAUGGCCCCCCCGAGCAGGGCUGGUGGAUGCUGGCGAUGGGCUAGACUCGUCCGUUACAGACUUAUCCAGCAUGCUGCUGUCCUGGUACCUGUGUGGCUACCACACUGGCUGCUACAUGGCAAUGCAGCAGACAGCGGCAAGUCGCAAGAGGGCUCAUAAAGAGAAACGAGCAGAGGAAUAAGGUUGGUUUAAGACCCUAGAAUGGGGAAGAAGAUGAAAAGAGCUGUUCUCUUGAAACAGGAUGAGUUCCAAAGACCGAAUGUUCUUGUACUACACAGAGGUAGUCCAGUUGGGGCUCUGUGUCUGAUGCAUUGCAGUUGUCAGGUUUUUUUCUUACUGAAGAUGGGUGUCGUGACCAGAAGAUGAUUGUGGAUAGGGGUAUGGUGUUAGGGGUACGGUGACCCUAGCUCAUCAAGAUGUUAACUCAGCACUUCCAAGAGGCUUUUUGGAAGGAUAUUUUUACUUUGACGUUUUUGGCACUUUAUUAUUUAUUUUUUUACUGUUGGAAAAAGCUUUCCCAAUGUUUGUUUUUUUGGGGGGGAAAUAAAAUAAUGGGACAGCUAGUUUAUGGUCAAGUGGGAAAAAAUGGAAUGAAUUGUUAAU